AUGGCAAUCGCAUUGGCAGAAGCGGACAAGUAUGAGGUACUUGAGAGGAUAGGAAGCGGCUCGUUUGGGGUGAUUAGAAAGGUCAAGCGGAAGACUGACGGAUACAUCCUAUGCCGCAAGGAAAUCAAUUACAUAAAGAUGUCCCAGAAAGAGCGCGAGCAGCUCACCACCGAGUUCAACAUCCUCAGCUCGCUUCGACAUCCCAAUAUCGUGGCAUAUUAUCAUCGGGAACACCUCAAGGCCACCCAGGAUCUUUACUUGUACAUGGAAUACUGCGGUGGUGGAGACCUCAGCAUGGUUAUCAAAAAUCUUAAAGCGAACAACAAAUUUGCCGAGGAGGAGUACGUCUGGCGCGUCCUCUCCCAGCUAGCGACGGCCCUCUACCGGUGUCACUAUGGUGUUGAUCCUCCAGAGGUUGGAUCUAACAUAUUUGGUGCAUUAACAUCUACUAAGCCGGUAGGGCUGAGAGGGAAGCAGGCUCAAGUGAUGAUUCUGCACCGCGAUCUCAAACCCGAAAAUAUUUUUCUUGGAGCGGACCAGUCGGUGAAAUUAGGAGAUUUUGGUUUGUCAAAAUUGAUGGGCUCUCAUGACUUUGCGUCAACCUACGUUGGCACACCGUUCUACAUGUCGCCGGAGAUUUGUGCCGGCGAGAAAUACACGCUUCAUUCGGAUAUCUGGGCAGUUGGUUGUAUUAUGUAUGAACUUUGCACGCGCGAGCCCCCAUUCAAUGCCCGGACGCAUAUCCAACUCGUACAGAAGAUUCGCGAGGGAAAAUAUCCACCACUUCCAGAUAUAUACUCACCAGAGCUCAAAAGUGUUAUUGCGAAUUGUCUACGCGUCAAUCCGGACAACCGACCCGAUACUGCCGGACUCCUUAAAUUGCCAGUGAUUCGCCUGAUGCGAAAGGAAAAAGAGGUUGUUGACUUGGGUAAGGCGUUGCGGACCAAAGAGGAGACGGCAUUCCAAAAGAUGAAGGAACUGGAGCUUAGAUGCGCCCAAUUCGAUAAAGAAAAAGCAGCCAUGAGAGCAGACCUUGAGAAUUCUGUUCGCCGCGAGUGGGAAGUCAAAGCAAGACUGGAGAUUGACAGGCAGGUCCACAUGGAGAUUGACGCUCUCCGAAAACGCUUUGAAGCCGAAGUACAGGACAGAGUGGUCGCAGAACUUCAAAAACAGAGAGUCUUGCAAGGCCAAAUGCUGCCAAACGAGGACGAUAGCAUUGGCUCAUCGACGGACAUCUCGCGCUCCUCGGUUGGAACCGACGACACCGACUUCCCAUCAUCAACUGAUUUGAGCUCCCUUUCGCUCGAGUCGCCAAGCUCAGACCACAGCAAAGCUGCACGAAAGUACAAUAGAACGCCGUUUAGCCGUGCUAAAACUACCUUGGAGUCCCCCAUCGAUGUGCAGAUGGCAGAGCCGUCCCCGAUGUCGAUUGCAUCACUUUCGCUUUCCCCGCGGCGCAUGCAUCUCGGUUCCACGGCGAGAAAUAUCUUUGCUGAUGGCGGAAAAAAGGUCCCGAAAUGGGAUGCCGCCCUUAUGUACUCAGAUGACGAGGAGGACAUUCCAGAUCUCCCGUCCCCGAGUCGGCCACAGGUCAAGGCGGAUCCUUUCAAAGCUCCAUACCGGCCGCUGCUACGACAAAAUACCACGGCAAUGAUGCAGAAGCUCAGCAAUCAACCUAGCUUGUUUCCCACAAAAGCCCCAUCACAGAGCGCGCAGUCUAAUUCGCAGCCAGAGAUGCGUACAUCUGAAGCACGAGCAAAAUCACCCCAUCGCCGCUUGUCGAAAAUUCCAUCAUGCACUAGUCUGGCUCUUGAUGGAGGGUCACCCAAUCGCAGGACUGGGAUUAAACCACCCGGCUCCAAAGCGAAUGCUGGGGGAGAAGAAAUGUUCAAAGCAGUGAUGCAGAGAAAUAUGGGCGGGCGAACUCUCGUUGAGCUAGCUCAGGCUCGCGCCGGUGGCAGGUCUCUCGAAGAAUUAAAACGUCCCGGAGAAAGCAGGGCUCCAAUCACCGGGCCCAUUCCGGCGAGGGUUAGCGAAAGAGAUCCGCCUGCAACCUGGGAUCCGGAGAAGGACGAGAUGCCUAGCCCCUUUCUCGCUCGUGGCGCCAAGAUCCUUCGAAAUCUUCGUUGA